AUGUCUGGAGGGAGUGGUUCGGACGAGCCUGUUUCCGCUUCGGAGCUUUUGGAGCGGUUUGGAUUUCCACGGGCGAAGCAAUACGCCUGGGCGUCAAAGCUGAGUGGAGGGGAGAAGCGACGGCUGCUACUGGCAGCAGUGUUGGCGCAGCGGCCCAACUUCCUGAUGCUGGACGAGCCCACCAACGACCUUGACCUGCAGACCAUUGAGGCCCUCGAGUCAUUCCUCUCAGCCUACGAGGGCUGUCUGCUAGUGGCCUCUCACGACCGUGCAUUCAUGGAUGCGGUGGUCGACCGCCAGUUUGUGCUGCAAGGGGACGGACAGGUGUUGCUCUAUGAUGGGCUGUUCUCGGAAUACCUUGCUGAUGCGCAGGAGCAAAAAGCGGAGAAGGAAAAAGAGAAGGAGAGGGUUGCGGAGGAGGAAAGGAGGAAGGAGGCUGAAGCAAAGAGUGUGGCUGAGGAGCGGAGGAAGGGGGAGGAGGGAGCGGGUUCGGGUGGGAAUAAGACGAAAGGGAAGUCGGCUCGGAAGAUGUCGUACAUGGAGAGGAAGGAGUGGGAGCGGUUGGAGCAGGAGAUAGAGAAGUUGGAGAAGAAAAAGGUGGUGGUUGAGGCACGGCUUGAGGAGAAGAGCAAGGCGGGAGAUUUUGCGAUGCUCCAGGGGUUGUCCGAUGAGCUCGCUGCGUUGGGACAGGCUAUAGAGGCGAAAUCAGAUAGGUGGCUCGAGUUAGCAGAGCUAGCUGAGGAGUAG